AUGGACGAAAUGCUUGGUGUCAGUGUCUUUUAUUUGGAGCAAGUCUUUUUGGAAGAAGAAGUCUGUGCUACAACAACAACAACAGGAAAUCCACUUUCCAAAGACUCCAAAGUCUAUGAAAUUGAGGAUCUGCAAGGUCCUCCGGGGGUCAUUCGAACCAAGGGAGCCAACACGGUUUGCCCAAUCGAUGGCAAAAUGGGGGCUGCCUAUGUCCAUUGUCUGCAAGGCAAAGACCAUGUUGGAGAGGCAACUCAAAUGCUCAGCUAUUCCUGGAAUUACGCCAUUGGAGAUAUUGUGGAUACCCUCACGGAUUUCUGCCGCCAAAACAAUCUCAACCCAAAGAGGACCUAUAUCUGGGUCUGCUGCCUCUGUGUGUCAAUCAACACAGGGUUGUCCAAAACUCUGCUCUGCAGAAAUCAGGAAUGA